CUAUUAUUAAUGGCUACUUUUAUACACCCUGGAAUAACUGCUUUUGGCAGACUGUUUGAGAAAUGUGAGGUAAACGAACAAACAAUACCUCGGAGGUCACAUGCUUCUGAUCGACAUUUUUCAAACGCAUCGUGAAGUUCAAAGAAAAGCCUGCUAUCGCACACUCGAGCCCAAACUAUCUAGACACAUCAUCCGUCUCGUCACUAUGUUUUCCAGAACCAACAGAUUCACGACAGACUUCUGCUUGAGGCAGUCCUUUUCCAGAACUUUCUCUCAGAGCCCAAAGGCGUGCAGCGAAGGCCAGCCCCGAGAGCAUAAGAUCUCGUGGAACUAUAUUCGUCGUUCGCCGUUCUUUAAAUCGGCAGUGAUCGUUAUCUUCCUUAGUACUGCUAUCACACAUACGAUUAUUCAGCAGAAGGAGGUUGAAGAGACUGCGGGCCGGUACAACAACAAGACCAUUUUGUUAGAGAAUGUAAUUGAAAAGUUGAAGAACAAGCAGAAUGUCGAUAUUCCAAAGGAGUUGAGAGUCGUACGGUCCAUCUUCAAACACCAUAGAAACACGGAGGGUGACAGCGUGCUAGACGAAAUAUUGAAGGAUGAAACUGUCGCCUAUUUCAAGACAUGGAACAAGGAUAUUGUCCCAAGCGUUGCUAAGUCGGUGGUGACUUCCGUAGAAGAAGCAAAUUUCUUGGCUGAGGGCUUUGAGGACGCGGAACAUGUACCUGGCGCCUUCACCAACUCGGCAUCCACUAAGACUGUGUCCAAGUUUUUGUAGCACUGUUGGUACUACGACUGGUUGCUGGUGUUACGAAUGGCUGUAUAUACUCGCUUCUUUGCAAUUCAUGGAAUUAUGAAAGUUGGCUCAGUAACAUUAUUUACUCAGAAACUCAUUUACGGCUUAAUUCUAG